AUGCUAACGGUACUUCCAAUCAAUGCAAGACUUGCAUGCAGCUAUAAACGACCGGAUGAAAGAGUUAGUUACUAUUCGGUCGAGAUCCCUACCCCACUGACGAACACAAUAACAUCCUCUGCCGAAGAGAGACGAAGCAUGAUUGCUCACGAAGCUCACGAUAUCGCCCGAGGGCCAGUGAUAAGGCAACAGGUGCCAACCCCCAUCACUCCCCUCUCUCUCCCUAUCACCUGA